AUGACAUUUCCUUCCAAUCUCUUAGCCAUUUUUUAUAAUUUUAAUUUAUUACUUAUAACAUUAAUUUAUUUUUACACUUUAGAAAAUGAAAAAAACCAUAAUUUAAUAAAACUUGUUUAUUUGAUCUGA